CCUCCAGCUUGACAAGAACAACGAGGGGCCCGCCAGUCCAGCGGGUGGCUUCCUAAUUUCGACACUCUAUUCCUUUCCAUCCUACACGAUCCUCUAUCCUUCUCGGUCAGGACAGCUUUCGGCGUAAUGAGAGGCGCUUUCCUGGCGGCCCUGACGACCCUCGCCCUCGAGGCGAGCGCGUACCAUGUCCGCAUGCAAGGGCGGAUGCGUUCCCCCGCGGAUGCACCACUCGCACGGCGGGGAAACUUGGCGGGCUCGUCGCCGCUCACGAACUCGGCGGACAUCAGCUACUACACGAACGUGACGCUGGGCGGGGACGACUACGAGGUCCUGAUCGACACGGGCAGCUCGGACUUGUGGGUCGCAGGCAGCGUGAACAACGCCAAGGAUACGGGCAAGAAGAGCGGCGUCACGUACGCCGUCGGUGCGGUCGAAGGUGCGCUAGCUCGUUCCUCUCUCAUUCUCCCCCCGCUUACCCACCCCCUCAAGGGCCUAUCAAGACCGCCGAGCUCGAGUUCGCUGGCUUCACCAUCCCCGAUCAGGCGUAUAGUGCGUGUCGUUCCCCCCAACUCGCCCCCGCCUAACCGCUUUACAGUCGAGGUCACCCCCGACAAGGAAAACCCAAAGGACAAGGGCCUCAUUGGCCUGGGACCCAACUCGGGCUCCAAUGUCUACGUCGAGCUCGGGAGCGACAAGGGCAUGGCCGUCCUCGACAGCAUCUUCACGCAGAACACCUCCACGCCGAACUAUAUCACCGUUCUCCUUGGGCGUUUAGACGACCCGACCGACACGUUCCCCGGCGAUCUCACCGUCGGCUCGAUCCUCGACAACUAUACGAACAUCGAGAAGCAACCGAAGCUCGAAGUUACCGAGGUCCCCGUGUGCGAGUCAGGCGACCAGCACUUCCAGGUGCUCAUCGAUGCCGGCGGCAUCAUUGGCCCAGACGGGAAGAGCAGCCAGGUCCACACCGAGGUCGAUGAGACGCAGAACAAGAAGCAGCCGACCGGCGGGGGAGCGGGAGGGCGAGCGCGCGUGAGUACGCCCCCUUCUCCGAUUUCAUCUGACGAUUUCUCGCGCAGCCAGGUGCCCAGGAACGUCGCCGACGCGGAAUACGGCCGCGGCGCUGGAUACUCAGACGUAUCUGGCGUGGGCGCGCGGCGGCGUGGAUCGUGCGCGGCGAGGUCGGGGGCGGCGGGGGGAGUGGGAGGCGGGGGCGAGACGGGGGACGGGAACGCGAGAACGCGAGAGGGGGGACGCGAGAAGGGGGAACACGAGAAGGGUGAGUGGAACACAAGCAGGCGGAGGGAGAGACGAGGCGGGGAGGGGCGACAGCGCGCGGACGCGAGAGGCGGCGCGAGGAGGGUGGUGGGAGGAGGAGGGGGAUCACGAGAAGGAGGAGACAACGCGAGGGAAGGGGCGCACUUCGGCGCUUCGAAGGAAGGAAGGGGGAAGGGGCGAGGGCGGGGACAACGCGAAGGCGGGGAGACGCGGGAAGAAGGGAGAGGGGGAGCGGAGAAGGAGGGAAGGGGUGAGAGACGGAAGGAGGGAAGGGGCGAGAGGAGGAAGGGGGAAGGAGGGAAGGGGCGCUUCUCGGCGCUUCUGCGCUUCGACCGCCGGGUGGAGAAGGGGGAGGGGGAAAGGGGGGCGAGGGUUCAAGGAGAAGGGAACGAAGACGACGCGGAGCCCGAAAAGGGGGCGGAGGGGGUGAGCGAGUGAGGCGAAGGUGCGAAGGGGGCGAGUCGGAUGGGCGAAGGGAGGUGAGGUGGCGGCGCGAAGGGGGGCGAGCAGAAGGCGCGAAGGGAGGGGUGGCGAAGGCGCGAGGGCAGGCGACGCGAAGCCAGCUCUCCCAGCUCCCUUUCGCGACGGUGAGGGGGGAAGGGGGAGGGGUGUUACUUACUCAUUGUAGUACGCUUUUUGUGUAAUAGAUAGACUUGCAAUCAAAUGGAUUUAGAACUCGAA